UUCCGUACUCGAUGGAUACCGCACGACGUUGUCCGGAUUCCAGUCCGCGAAUGUACGUUGUCGUUUACGUUGGUCAGUGAAAAUCGCCGUGUUCUGUUUGUUUUUUCGUUACGGGCAACGGAAGCAAAAUAAAAUUUUUAAAAAAUGUAAAAAACAGUAUGCACCGAAUUGCGAAGUUGGCGAAUUGGUGGUCGACGAAAGAAGCCCAGAGAAGAUUGUCUAGACCGGCGGAGGCGUCUCGUUCGGAUAAAACGUAUUGCAGAUUUCUAAAGGAAAAACACAAUAGUUGAGAAGAUGGGUCACGGUAACGCCAGCACAUAUCCUUGGGGCCCAGAGGACGUUUGCCCGGGUGGUUUGAUCCUGCCGAUUUUCGACGAACGGCUAUGGCCCAUCAAAUUACGAGUGGUCAUUUAUAUACUAGCGUUAAUGUAUUCGCUGUUGGGAAUAUCGAUCGUGACGGACGUGUUCAUGAUCGCCAUUGAUAAAAUCACUAGUCAUACGAAAAAAAUUUACCUGGCCAAAGAACUGACGGAAAACGGGUCGAACGCUUUUCUCAGACCGGACCAGCCCGAAGUGAUCGAGGUCCGCGUGUGGAACCCGACAAUAGCGAAUCUCACUCUAAUGGCUUUGGGUACUUCGUCGCCCGAAAUAUUGCUGUCUAUUAUCGAGACGGUCGGACAUCAUUUCGAAGCCAGAAAACUCGGGCCGAACAUCAUCGUUGGAUCGGCUGCUUUCAACUUGUUGAUCAUUACCAGUCUGUGUACACUGACGCUGGGACUGGACGAAAAGAGAAGAAUACACGACUUAAAAGUAUUUUUAGUCAUCGGGGCGUUCAGUUUUUUCGCCUAUAUCUGGCUGCUAUUAAUCAUUGAUGUGAUUUCGCCUAACGUGAUCGAACUAUGGGAAGCGGCAAUGACUUUUUUGUUGUUUCCGAUUCUUAUGUUUUUCGCUUACGCGACGGACACGAAAUGGUGCGGCAAAAGCGUCGCACACAACAAACACCAAAUGGACCUGGUCACGUUGGAAAAUCAGAAUAAACCGCACAUUCAGCCGAUUUUCAACAACGGCAAAUUGGACAAGGAAAACCUACUGAAUUUCGUGAGGAACGUGAAAAAGUAUCCCGGCAUUACCGACGCGGACGCGGCUAAAUUGGCAGCUACCAAGCUGUUGGAUUCGUCUCACCGCGGAGCCAUGUGGUAUCGUAUUGGCGCCGUUCGACGGUUUACAGGUGGCAAGCAAAUCGAACCCGUGCUCACCGAACAUCUAAAGCAGGUUUAUGCCGUACUAAAAAGCGAUAAAAAAGGAGGAGCGUUCGACGCAUUGCCGCCCGUUCCUGCUGUCGACAACAAAUUUGCCAUUGUCGAAUUUCAUUCCCCCAAUGUUGCCGUCAAAGAAAAUAUUGGCACUUUUCCAGUGACCAUUUGGAGACACGGAAAUUUAAAAACCAAAUCUAUCGUCAGGGUCGACAGUAUCAACGGAACGGCCAAAGAAGGCGAAGACUAUGACAAAGUUAAAGAAAUCGUCAGGUUCGAAGAAGACGAAGAGGAAAAACAGAUAAAUGUGAAAAUCCUCGACGACAACCAAUGGGAACCCGACGAAGUGUUCUUCCUUAGACUGUCGGUCGUACACCAAAAAGACCUGUUCGUGAAACUCGGUAGCAUAUCUAUUAUAGAAGUAACGAUCAUCGACAACGACGAGCCGGGUAUCAUCAGUUUCGGCAAACGAGGACUAUUGGUCAAGGAAAGCGCAGGGUUUGUGGAAGUUCCCAUUGUCAGAACCCACGGUUCGGACAGUGAGGUCACGGUCAAAUGGAGGACCAUAGACGAGUCGGCCAUUUCGGGAAGAGACUAUGUGGGCGGCCAAGGAGAAAUCAUAUUCAAAGACAAAGAAGUAGCCAAAGUGUUGAAAAUCGAAAUCAUCAACGACAUGUGCCCGGAAAAAGACGAAUGUUUCGAAAUCGAACUGUACGGUGCUACCGGAGGUGCUAAAAUAGGAAACGUCAACAGAACGGCUGUCACCAUCAGCAGCGACGAUGACUUCGAUUCGGUAGUGGACCGUUUGAUGUUGCUGACCAAUAUCAAUAUUCAUGCAAUCGAGUUGCACCGACAGACUUGGGCGGAACAGAUAAAGGCAGCCAUGACAGUAAACGGUGGCGACUUGGAAAACGCAACUACUGCCACUUACGUGAUGCAUUUUUUCUCGUUCUUCUGGAAAGUGCUGUUCUCGUUUAUACCACCAGCGACCAUAUUCUACGGCUGGCCAAGGUUCUUCAGCUCGUUGAUACUUAUCGGUAUCAUGGCCACCACGAUCGGUGACUUAGCGACUAUUUUCGGUUGCCUGAUCGGUUUGGACGACAUCGUGACAGCCAUAACGGUCGUGGCCUUGGGCAUGUCGUUGCCGGAUAUCUUGGGAGCGUGCAUGGUCACGCGGGCGGAAACCCACGCUGACGAGGCUAUGAUACAUAUUGCCGGCUCGAUAGCGGUUAAGGUCCUGAUGGGUGUCGGUCUACCUUGGUUUAUAGCCGCACUAUACCACCAUCAACACGACCGUGUGUUCAACGUUCCGUCCAACCAAAUCGGCACCAACGUGGUGUUGUAUUCGAUUAUGGCCAUUUUGGCUGUGUCCGUGUUGAUGGUCCGAAGAAACAUGGAAUUCUUUGGCAAAGCCGAGUUGGGUGGCCCACAAAAAGGACGAUACUUGACCGUGGGAAUAUUCGUCGUUUUGUGGCUGAUCUAUCUGUUUCUUACUUGCUUCCAAACGUUUUAACAACUAACGAAUAAAGUUUACAGGAUGAUCAUAUAAAAUAAUAUUAUUUUGUUCUUGAUCACUCUUGUAACGAACGACUUCUCGCCGUUAUUCUGUAUUCUGUAAAUUAUAUGGUACCUUAAGCCGUCGCAAUACCCCUGAUACAUAUUUAGUAUAAUAAGAAUUAUAUUAUAAUAACAAUUAAUUAUUGAUGUGUACUUUGCCUGUAAAUAGUGUAUAAGUUUAUCAACAUAAUAUUAUAAAAUAUUUAAAAAAUGUUCAUUACCAUACAAAAUGAGCGGCAACUAAACGAUAAUUUUAUAUUUAUUUUUUGUACUACUAAUAAUAGUCAAUUUCCAAUAACGUUUUUGUUUCUUUUUUAUAUAUAACAUGUGAUUAUUUUCUAUACAUUGUACUUAAAAUAGAGUGUCUAUGAGUUGUUAUUAUUAAAUGAAAUUUUUGAAAUAAA